UCAUCUUCCAUUGAAUUGCUUCCCUCUUUCCUAUUCUCAUAUCAUAUAAGCCAUAUCCCCUCCUUCUCUCAUCCCAUCCAGACACACCCAGUUUAGAUUUUCAUUUUUCACACAAAAACACAGACACCAGCACCCAAAAAAAAAAAAAAAAAAACAGAGCAGCCUAAUUAAAAAACCAAAUGGGAAGCAACCAUAAGAGACUGAUCAAGGAGCUAGUUGAAGGGAAGAAGACGGCGACUGAGCUUCAGAUGCUGCUUCACAAGCCCCUUGGAGAUCAUGGGUCGGCCUCAGCUGAGGAGCUUGUGGUGAAGAUCAUGACAAGUUUUACAGAGAGUCUCUCUGUUUUGGCUGCUGAGAAGAAGAACCCAGGUGAUGGCCAUGAAGAUCACCAGUCUGGUGCUUUUGGUGAGGUUUAUCAGAUCAAACCGGAGCCUUCCCAUUCGCAUUGUGACGACCGGAGCUCCGGAGAUUCCGGCGAGAGUAGGAAGGUCCAGGGUUCCAAGGAUCGGAGAGGUUGCUACAAGAGAAGAAAGACUUCCCAAUCAUGGACAACAGUCUCUCCUGCAAUUGAAGAUGGCCGGGCUUGGAGAAAAUAUGGCCAAAAGGAAAUCCUCAAUGCUCCAUAUCCAAGAGCUUACUUCCGAUGCACACGCAAGUAUGAUCAGAACUGCAGAGCAACCAAACAAGUCCAGCAAGUCCAAGACAACCCUCGCCUGUACCAAACCACAUACAUUGGCCAGCACACAUGCAAAAGCAUGGUCCCUCCACAGAUGUUCAUAGGCUCCUCUGAUCAUUGGGAAUCUCAGACUGUGAGCUCAGAAUCUGGGACCCCAAACAAGCAAAACCAUGAUUUCUUUGGCUCAUCAGCAAUUCCCAUUGUAAAACAAGAAGAAUACAAGGAAGGGACACCAACACCAACACCAAGUGACCUAACAGACAACCUUUCCUCAUUGGAGACUAAUCAUCUGUGGUCUGAUUUCAAGGAUGAUUUUGCUUUGUGUGACCCUGCAGCAAUGUGUGUGUCUACCAAGAUGGGGUCUGAUAACGAGGAUGUGGUUUCAAACAUGUACUUGGACAUGGAUUUCGUGGUCAAGUCUAUCGAUUUCGAUGGUGAUUUUAAUUUUGAUGAAGUUGAAUUUCCUAAGAACUCCUUGUAAUAAUAGUGUUGUUGAUGCUAAGCUAAGCUAGCCUUUUCUUGUAAUUUGCUAGAUUGAUGUCACUUAAGACACGUUCUCACAUCAUUUGUCAAUUCCCAGUAUCAUUCAAUAAUGAUGUUUAUAAUCAGUUUUGAGUUAGGAAA